CAAAAAUGGACCCAGCUUUACUCCCCGAUAAUUGUCUUGAAGUAAUAUUUUCAUUUUUAACUCUCCAUGACCUUAGAAAUUGUUCACUUGUGUGUAAAAGGUGGUAUAGGUUUCUUAAUGACGAAAAUAACGACGUGUGGCGAUUGCAUUGUGUUAGGAAACUUGCCGAGGAAGCACUUAAAUCAGACCUGCUAAGUUCAGUUCCCACAUACAAAGCCAAAUUAAGAGCCUUUCAUCAUGCCUGGAACCCCAAUGAUUGUUCUAGAAAUAUUUAUAUAAAGCCUAAUGGUUUUACUUUACAUCGAAAUCCAGUUGCACAGAGUACAGAUGCUUCUAGGGGUAAAAUAGGAUUUAGACAUGGAAGGCAUGCUUGGGAAGUAAUUUGGGAAGGCCCUUUAGGAACAGUGGCAGUUAUCGGCAUUGCUACAAAAGAUGCUCCUCUUCAAUGCCAUGGUUAUGUUGCUUUGCUAGGUUCCGAUGAUCAAAGUUGGGGAUGGAAUUUAGUGGAUAAUCAUUUAUUGCAUAAUGGUGACGCCCAAGGGAACUAUCCAAUGUUAAACAAUGCUCCAAAAUACCAGGUUGGUGAACGAAUCAGGGUGAUUCUUGAUUGUGAUGACAAUACCCUAUCUUUUGAAAAGAAUUAUGAAUUUUUAGGUGUAGCUUUUAGGGGACUCCCAGACAAGAAGCUCUAUCCAACCGUAUCGGCUGUGUAUGGCAAUACAGAAGUUUCUAUGGUCUAUCUCGGUCCGCCACUGGAUGGCUAACAUACCCUCGGAUAUACAGUGUAUAUUCUAGUCAAAUAAAUUCUAGUCAAAACCAAAAAACCAAAGAAAUUGGAGAGAGAAUUUCAAACGUCUGUUUUAAAGAUGGUUCAAUUCAGGUCAGUCCGGUUUGCCCAAUGUGAUAAAUAAUAACCGCAUUUAAUAACACUAGUUAUUAUUUUCUACGAAAACAUUUGGUUUGUAUAAAAACUUUGUUUAUAUUUUCUAUUCGGUAGAACGUUGUGACAUCUUGCUAUGCUUGGUAAAAUACCAAUAACACUAUAAUCAUAUUAAACGCUAUGUUCCUAUGUCUUCUAUCAGUCUAUUCUAAUAAUAUAGCUAACCCUCUGAAAUAACCAAUAAAUCAGAAUUAUUAGUCCAUUUACUCAAAUUGAAUUGAUUGAUUGAUUUACUCAUUUACAGACAUUUGGCAUACACAUAGCUAACAUGUCAAAGAAAAAAAGUGAUAUUGGAAGUGCACCCCUUGUCGGGGGUGAAAUAUACGUUCAAAAUAAGUCCGGAAGUGGAUAAACUGACAAAUUCUAAGCAACUUUUGUUCUAUCGCAGUUUUUGAUUAAGUCAAUACUUUUUGAGUUAUUUGCGAGUGAAUAUGUUCAUUUUCAACAAAAAAAACCACGUUUUUAGACGGUUUUUCGCAAAUAACUUAAAAAGUAAGUUUUUCGUA